GAGCGGCCGUGUCUGCUCCGGGGGCCCCAGCAACGCGGCCUUUUCCCACCGGAGCUCUGCCUGCUUACUGUGGCGCAGCCCUCAGGAUGGAAGAGACUUUGGAUAAUGAGAAAAAUUUGAGAUUGUCCUAUAUUACUAGUGUUGAGGUUCAAAGAACAAGUCCAGCAGAUGUGGAAGAUAUUAAAGCAGAUCUUUCUUCUGAAUUUUCUUUGGCUUCAAUUUCAGACACAAGUCAGAGGAACAGUUUGGAGUCUAAGGGACACAUACAAGUUUGCCUGCGUGUUAGACCAUUUACAGCAUUGGAAAGAGAAAAUGAAUCACAGGACUGUGUUUCACUUGAAGACUCAAAAAGCAUUAUCCUGAAGCCCCCCAAAAAUUCCACGAACCGACUAAGUGAAAAAACCACUGGGCAGAAGUUCACUUUUUCACAAGUGUUUGGACCUGAAACAACUCAAGAAGAAUUCUUUGAAGGUACUGUCAAGCAACCAGUUCAAGACUUCUUAGAUGGAUACAACCGUCUUAUUUUUACAUAUGGGGUUACAAAUGCUGGAAAAACCUACACUUUCCAAGGAACAGAAGUUGAUGGUGGUAUUCUACCAAGGGCCAUGGAUUUGUUGUUUAAAAGUAUUGAAGGAAAACUAUACACAGCAAUGGAUCUCAAGCCCCAUCGAUGUAGAGAUUAUAUAAAGCUGAAUAAAGAGCAAGUGAGAGAAGAAAGUGCUAUUAAAAAUUCUAUGCUUCGCUUAAUGAAAGAGGUAGACCAUCAAAAUAGUGGUAACAACAAAGCAGCAGUUGAUUCUAAUGACUUGGAAGAAUUCUUUAAAGAGCAGUCUGCAACUGUGAAUAAUUACCCCAUGUUUUCUGUUUGGAUCUCAUUUUUUGAGAUAUACAAUGAAUGUUUUUAUGAUCUACUGAGUCCUGUAUCAAAUGAUAAGAAACGAAAACCACUACGUCUUGCUCAAGACAUCAAAGGAUGCUCUUAUGUCAGAGAUCUUCAGUGGAUCCAGAUUCUCAAUUCCAAAGAAGCUGUUAGACUUCUGCAACUAGGAUUGAAAUACCAGAGUACUGCAAGCACAAAACAAAAUGCUUGUUCCAGCAGAAGUCACAGAGUAUUCACAGUUAAGAUGCUAAAGAUUGAAGCUGCAGGAACACCACGAGUGAUUCAAGUCAAUGAAUUGACAAUGUGUGAUCUUGCUGGCUCAGAAAGAUGGACCAAGACCCGCAAUGAAGGUGAUAGAUUGAAAGAGAGUGGAAAUAUAAACACCUCUCUUCUGAUUCUAGGCAAGUGUAUUAAUGCACUCAAGAACUGCCAACAGUCAAAGCUGCAGCAACACAUACCCUUUCGUGAAAGUAAGUUAACUCAUUUCCUGCAAGGAUUCUUCAGUGGAAAGGGGAAAGUGUACAUGAUAGUAAACAUAAGCCAGUGUGCAUCAGCGUAUGAUGAAACACUCAAUGUACUAAAGUUUUCAGCCAUUGCACAAAAAGUUUUAGUUAUGGACACAUCUGUUCUUCCCCAAGAUCAGUCAUAUGGCCAAAAAUCAGCAAGUGAAUCACUACCAGGUUACACUAAACUGCCAAUCCCAAGGAAAAGAGCUACUGUUCUAUGGGACAGAAGCUUAGAAGAUGUUAUUGAAGAUGAUGGUGAUGAGAUGGAGGAACAGUGUACUAUGUCAACAGAAGAAGCAGUGCAGCAACAUGAAGAAGUUAUUCUUGGAAAAGAAGAAUAUAUGAAGCUGCUAAGUCUCAUAGAAACAUUGAAGGAGAAACUUAUUACUGAAAAGAAGGACAAGGCACUGCUGGAGCUAAAAAUCCGUGAAGAAGUGACAAAAGAAUUUGCCAAAUAUUUUGCUGAGCGGGAAAUGAACUUCAAAGAACGCCUUUCUUAUGAGCGAGAACAGCUUGAGGAAAACUCUGAAAGACGUCUGGAAAUCUUCAAGGAACUCAUAAAUGGUUGUACUGAAAGUGAAGCUGAAAAAAGUAAAUUGGAACAACAGCCUUGCAGUGAACAAGCUGGACCCCUGGAUGAAGAAUGUAUUACAGGAUCAAGCACCUCUGUUGAUUUCGAGGGCAUUAUUAGUUCUCUGCAGAAUGAUGUUGUUGACAUCAAAAAGCAGGCAGAAGUAGUACAUAGAUACUUUGCAUCCGUAGAGGACCCACGAGAAGCUGUAGCUCAACUUGAAAAACAGCUGGAAAAAGUUACUGCUGAACUAACAAAGACCAAAGAAGAUUUGACAAAGAAAACUAAUGAAUUAAUCAGAGCUGAAGAAGAGCUUACACGGAAAAACAAAGACUUGGAAACACAGAUGAUUAAGAUGGAUGAGUCUGCUGAACAGCUUAAAGAAGCAACUGAGAAAAUGAAUAUACAGAAUAAAAGGAUUCAAGAACUCAUGGACAUUGUGGAGCAAAAAGAUGAUGAUAUUGUAAGACUACAAGAUUUGAUAUCUGAUUUUGAAAACACCAUUAAAAACUACGACGAGACUGUAACCACCCUUAAAAGGAAGUUGGUAAAAAACAACUCUGGUGUAGUGGUUGAAAGCAGCCAAUUUGAGGACUGUGAGGAAACUGUGUUGGAAGUGGGAAGAAAGCGUUGCUUUGAAAAUAAACCUACUGUGGAAGAGCCACCUGCAAAGAGAGGAGCUAUGAAGGAGAGUUGGAAAGAUGAUUCUCUAGAGCAAAAGAGAAGUGAGUACAUGAAAAACCAUUCUGAGAACAAUGAAGAAAUAUCAACACUGAAGGAAAGAAUUGAGACUUUGGAAUGUCAGCUAGCUACACUUGAAGACCAAUGCAGAAGAGAAAAGAACAAAAACGAAGAGUUCAGUGAGCAGAUAACAAACUUGCAUCUCAAGAUCUCUACUUCUGAAGAAAGAACUUCUAGCUUAAGUGAAGACCUUCGUCAAUGUCGAGCUGACUAUCAGGAGGUUGUUUCAGAAUUGGACAAACAAAAAAAUAUAAAUAGUGAACAAGAGGAAAGGAUUAUUCAGCUAAAUAAUGAAGUAGAAUGUGCAAAGAAAAGUAUAAUUGAUAAAGUUUCGAAGAUUAGAACAAUGCAGUCCAAAGUAGAUGAGUUGUGUAAAGGUCAUUUAGAGUCUUACGCUGUAGACAUUGAGUUAGUUAAUCUAAAUGAUUCCUUAGAUUCUCAAAAAGAUGAAUCACACAGAGUUCAAAUGAAUCCUACAUGCAUGCAGUCUCAAACUGCUACUGCAGCAGAUCUGAGACAGGAAUGCUCCUUCCAUUGCAGUGUUGAAAGUAUUUGGGAAGAAUGUAAAAAUAUUAUUAAGGCUUCUUCAGAAAAAAGUCAUCAGAUUCAGGAACUAUUUCAGCAAGUUGAAGACUUAAGAAAGAGACUUCAUGAUACUGAGAAUUGUAAUAAUGAACUAAAAAUAAAAUUAAAUGAGAUGGAAAAUCAGUCAAUAAAGGAAGAAGACCUUAUGAACCAGUUACAAGAGCAAACCCAGAAAAACCAGGACUUUGAAAAGCAGGCUGCAGAAGAUCGCCAAGUAAUUGCACAGUUUGAGGAGGAAGUUGCCAGUUACAAGGGAAAACUCAGAGAGCUUGAAUGCCUCUUGGAGACUUCUAGAGCUAAAAAUGACAGCAUAACAAAAUUAGAAGAAGUCCUUCAUGAAAAAGAAUCUAUUAUUUUAAGUGUAGAGAAUAGUGCAGUAUCUUUGCAAGAGAAAUGUGCCAAUUUAGACAGAAAACUGAAAGAAUUAAAUGAUCAAGAAGCAAAUCGGAAGGAGGAAGUUCUGCAGUUGAUGAACAGCUUGGAAAACAUGAAACAGUCCCUCCAGGAAAAGGAGAAAACUGAGCAGGAGCAAACACAAUCUAUAGCAUUACUACGUAAAGAUCUUUCUGAGAGCUCUGCCCUUGUACAGAAUUUGAGAAAAGAUUUGCAGAGGAAAGAAGAAGAAUAUACAGAAUUGAAGGAGAAGUUUUCUGAUGCAAAGAAGCAAAUUCAGCAAGUACAAAAUGAGGUGUGUACAAUGCGAUCUGUGGAGAAAUCCCUGAGGGAUAAAACUAAUGAACUCCAGAAAGCUAAAGCUAACUUGAGUGAACAACUGGAAAUCAAACAACGCACAAUCCUGCAGCUUCAAAAGGAGCAGCUGAAUAAUGAGAAAUUGGAAGAAGUUUCUAAACAGUAUGAGAAAACACAUAAAGAUCUGUGCGCAAAGGAAAAAAUAAUUGAAGAUAUGCAGAUGACAUUGAAAGAACAGGAACAGACUCAGAUUGAACAAGAUCAAGUGAUUGAAGCUAAAUUAGAAGAGAACAACAUAUUACUUAAGGAACUGGAAGCAUGGAAGCAGAAAUAUGACAAGCUGAAUAACCAGAGUGAUAGCAGCUGCCAGCAAAAGAGCAAAAAUGAAGAGAAAAAUGUAAAUGAAGACGAAGAAUUAAUAAAACUACAAAGAGAAUUGCAGGAAAAGCAGGCAAAGUAUCAGACUGAUAGAAAAAAAUGGCUGGAGGAAAGACUGAGACUUGUAAAUCAAGUAAAAGAAGCUGAAGGUCAUCGCAACAGAGAAAUACGGAAAUUUGCAGAGGGAAGGAAAUGUCAUGCAGAGCAGCAAGCAGAAAUUGAAAGGCUUAAUGCACAGCUGUUAGAAAAGGAGAGCAAUCUUGAAAAGUGGCGUAAAGAAAGAGAUGAAUUAGUAGAAGCUUUGGAAAUACAGCUCAAGACUUUGGCUUCUAAUGUUAUACAAAAGGAUAAAGAAAUAGCAGAACUGAAGCAGACUGCACUAAAGGAUUCAGGACAGGAUAAGGAAACUGAUAUAGAGGAACUAAGAAAAGAGCUGGCUGAGAAAGAUUGCUGUAUAAAGGAACUGAAGCAAAAAAUUAACUGUGGGUGUCUUCAGUCCUUGGCAGAAGUACCUUUACCUGAAGAAGGACAAGAUAAAAUAGAUCAGUCUGUAAAGAAGGAGUUCAUGGAAAAACAAAGCAAGACUAAUCCUUUAAUUGGACAAAGUAUUUCAGUAAGAGAAGAAGUUAAGGAGAGUUGUUCAUUAUCUCGAUGUCCUAGUAGUGUUUCUUCCUUAAGUGAGGACUGCUCAGAAAUUGUCCUUGACUCUUCUGAAGUGUCCACAGAAAAUGGAAAAACUAGUCGAUUCCCCAAACCAGAGAUGGAAAUCCAGUUCACACCUCUAAAACCCAAUAAGAUGGAGGUGAAGCACCAGGGCAGUGCCUUACCACUUAGAGUUAAAACGAUCAAGCCAGGAAAGAAAAGGAAGAGUGAAGACAUGGAUGAGGAUUUUGUAAGAAGUGAGAAUAAGAAAAAUGCAAAGCCCGCUAUGACGAAUUCACCUUCUACAAGCAACAAGAAAACGACAUCAUAUAGAAAAGAAUACUCCUUAAGAAGGCAAGAAUCUACUUCAAGUAUAAAGUCAUCUAAAAAGAAAGAUGGAACACUACAAAAAAUUGGAGACUUUUUUCAAAGUUCUCCAACGAUUAUUCACUCUAAAGCAAAGAAGCUGAUUGCAACAAUAAGCUCUCCCAAGUCUGCAGAACCAGAAGGUGUCAAAGAAAAUGAGCUCAAGCCAAAGCGAGCUAAGAGAAGGCUCUACACCACUGACAUUUCUUGCCCUCUAGAUAUCCCUGCUUCCUCGAUCUUUGUAGAACAGAAAGAGAAGGAAAGCGAUCAUCAAAUUAUCAAGCGACGACUACGAUCAAAGCUAGCUAAAUAAUUUUGCAGAAGCAUGUUCAUAACUCCUAGUUAGAGCAUAUUUCCACUGUAUAUUUCAGCUGAUUGUAUAUAGGUAAUAGUAGAUACUUGGAAGCACAACUAAGUCUGUAUAUAGAUAUAUGGAAUUUUUAUGAUUGUUUCCAACUCUGUCUCCAUUGAAGCUGAAAUCCUGUUUAUGAGAGCUUGUGUCUGAGUCUUUUAGGCCUGAUAUUGUUGAAAGUAGUUCUUACAAAGAAUAAAUUAUAAACAUGCUUGGGUAGAAUGACUUCAGUAGCUUUUUUUCAGGUGCCAGUAUACCAACCGUAACAUCGAGUGGAAAAAAAUGCAUACACAUCAAAACUGCUCCUAGAACCCUCACAGAAUUUCAGAAUACAGAACUCUGAAUGGACAAGGAACUACACUGUAAUGCUUUUCGUCACUUCCAAAAUGCCCAGGAGGUGGCGCUGAGCCCCUGCUUGACGUCUCGAGUAUCCAAGCUGACGCCUUAAGCUGAGAGCUGUAGGAGUGCAGAAUUAUUUUUCUUAGUUUUGAGCUCACCUACUUUUUGUCCCGUUUGGUAAGCUUCAUGUAAAGCUCAGAAUGAGACCCUGAUAUGUAAUACUCGUUUGACAAAUUCCUAGUCACAAGCAAUACACCUCUAUCACACAGGAUUUGGGGUUUUGGUUGGCGUUCAGAGAAAUGCAGGUUGUUCACAGAUGUAAGCUGUUUGUUCAUUGCUGCACAGUAACAUUUCACAGAAGUUUAUGUUAUUUUUUUUAAUACUAACACAAUUUCCAUUGAGAAAUACUUUGGAUGGAACUAGAGGUCCUCAACGUCUUCAUUAAUGAAUCUGAUCUCUGAUUUUAGUGAGACUUUCCAAAGUUGCUGUAUUUAAUGUGUAGAUCUUCGUAUUGGUGGAUGAAGUUGGAUUUUCUUUUUUCCUUCUAGAAAUGCUGAUAUUAAAACAAGUAUCAUACUAUAUAGACAUAAAAUAUACUUGUGCAGGUGCUAAAGUAUUGAUCAUCAAAACCCAAACCAAUGAAAAUAAAGAGUAUUGGAAGCAAA